AUGAACCCGCACUACCACGGGUACGCGGAGCUCAGCUCACCUCACCCGCCCUCUCCGGAGGCAGCCUUCGCCAACGGACACGACUACCCUCACAAUAACAACAACCCCGCGCUCAAAGAAUGCGCCGGCUGCGGAGGGAAGAUUGUAGAAAGGUUCCUCCUCCACGCCCUAGACAGAUACUGGCACCACGGCUGUCUGAAGUGCACAUGUUGCGGGCAAGCCCUCGCGGACAUGGGACGAUCCUUUUAUUUCAAAGGCGGGAUGAUAUUAUGCAAAAGCGACUACACAAGAAUGUUCGGUUCAAGCGGUGCGUGUGCAGCGUGCGGUCAGGCCAUCCCCGCAAGUGAAUUUGUGAUGAGAACGAACGCUCCUCAACAACCCCUUCACGUCUUCCACAUAAAGUGCUUCGCCUGCUCCAAAUGCGGGUCACACCUCAUGCAAGGCGACAGGUACUACAUGUUAGCGGGGUCACUAGUCUGCGAGCAGGAUUGGCAGAAGCUGAUGAAGAACGCGAACGCGGCGACGACCGGCGCGCCGGUGCGCAAGGGCAAGGUGGGACGCCCGCGGCGCUCGCGCGAAUGA